GAUAUUAGCUAGCACUCGCUCACGGUGUUCUCUGUAAAAGGGGAAGACGGUAAAAAACAUUAAAAACCAACCCAAGAAAUCAACGACCCGGACUGCUCAAGGACUGUACCAAGAUCACUAAGUUAUCUGCCCAGCAAAAAAGGACUUUAAUAAGCUGAAAGCCCAAGCUACGUUUAUUUUUUUCUUUUCUUUUUUUCUGUUGUUGGUGUCUUGUUUGUCUCACGAUGGAGGAAAACGGUGCACACUUCUUCGAGGGGACCGAGAAGCUGCUGGAGGUGUGGUUCUCCCGGCAGGAUGAGACCAAAGGAACCGGGGACCUUCGCUCCAUCCCGAGGUUUGAGUGGGACAAACUUCUGGAGAAUGUGCAUUGUUUGAUCAUAAGUGUGACAAAGACUGACAAGCAGGAAGCUUAUAUACUCAGUGAGAGUAGCAUGUUUGUCUCCAAGAGACGUUUCAUUUUGAAGACAUGUGGAACCACCCUCUUACUGCAAGCGCUGGUGCCCCUGCUGGAACUGGCGCGGGAAUACUGUGGCUUCGACACCAUCGAGAACUUCUUCUACUCUCGUAAGAACUUCAUGAAGCCUGCCCACCAGGAGUUCCCUCACCGUAACUUUGAGGAGGAAGUGGAAUUUCUCAGCCAGAUUUUCCCAAAUGGAGCAGCCUACUGUAUGGGGCGUCUGAACUCUGACUGCUGGUACUUAUUUACUCUGGAGCUGCCAGAGUACUGGGAGAACAAGCAGGCAGACCAGACGCUGGAGGUCCUGAUGAGUGAUCUCGACCCAGCUGUAAUGGACCAGUUCUACAUGAAAGACGGUGUUUCCGCUAAUGAUGUCACUCGUAUGAGUGGAAUUCGUGACCUGAUUCCAGGUUCUGUGAUUGACGCCACAAUGUUCAACCCUUGUGGAUACUCCAUGAAUGGAAUGAAAACAGAUGGAACUUACUGGACAAUUCACAUCACCCCUGAACCAGAGUUCUCCUACGUUAGUUUUGAAACCAACCUCUCCCAAACAUCCUACGAUGAUCUUGUCCGAAAAGUCGUGGAUGUCUUCAAGCCAGGGAAAUUUGUGACUACGCUUUUUGUUAAUCAGAGCUCCAAGUGUCGCAGUGUCUUCUCCUCUGCACAGAAACUCGAGGGCUACAGGCGCCUGGAUCGCCAGUUGGCCCACUUUAACGAUUACAACUUCGUCUUCACCAGUUAUGCCAAGAACCAACAACAGAGCCAGCAAAGCUGAAGCACAUCGAUGAAGAAGCGUAAAAAGAAAGCAGCCGGGCGCAGGCAACCCUUCUGCGUCUGGCUGCGUCCUCUGUCGCUCUGCUGCUGUUUGGAGUCUUGUUGCUGUAGCUGUAUCACAAGUUUAACCUGUAAGCAUUCUCGUACUGAUAACGUAGAUAUCUUGCAUGCAAGCUCCUGUUGUGUCUGUGUAGAUAUUCUAGCUCACUCUUGCUGUGAUCUUGAAGUGCAUGUAGAGUUAUUAAGCAGGGUGUGUGUGAGGCGUGCCCCACCGGCCCGACACGCACGACGCUCCCUCCCAUUCCUGCAGGUCUCCCCCCUCAUCCUCCACAGACAGGGUUUCCGCCCCCACUAGGCAAGGGCCCUGACAUGCUCAGAUCCGUCCUGUCCACUGUGUGGGCUGACCUUUCCCCAACAUAGUCCGUACGCAUACUGAUCGCUUAGAAUUUACAUUCCACACUUGCGCAAAUGACAGUUGUAGUGGCCCGACUCUUGGUGCCAGUGUUUGAUUGGGAUAUUCCCC